AUGAGCCACGAAACAGAGUUGUCAGUCACUGCUGACUUCGUGCCUACCUCAUCAUGGAACAUAUCAACAGAACUCGACAAAGAUUCGUACCUGAGCCUGGAUGAGCCCAUGAAUAACAUCACCACGUCCCUGGGCCAGACGGCCGAGCUGCACUGCCGAGUCUCGGGGAAUCCUCCUCCAACCAUCCGCUGGUUCAAAAAUGACGCGCCUGUGGUCCAGGAGCCCCGGAGGGUAUCAUUCAGGGCCACCAACUACGGCUCCCGGCUGCGGAUCAGAAACCUCGACACCACUGACACAGGCUAUUUCCAGUGCGUGGCCACCAACGGCAAGAAGGUGGUGUCCACCACCGGGGUCCUGUUUGUCAAAUUUGGGCCGCCUCCGACAGCAAGUCCAGGAUCCUCCGAUGAGUACGAAGAAGAUGGAUUUUGCCAGCCAUACCGCGGGAUUGCGUGUGCAAGAUUUAUUGGCAAUCGUACAGUCUACAUGGAGUCUUUGCACAUGCAAGGCGAGAUCGAAAAUCAGAUCACAGCUGCCUUCACCAUGAUCGGCACCUCUAGUCACUUAUCUGACAAGUGCUCGCAGUUCGCCAUCCCUUCCCUGUGCCACUACGCCUUCCCCUACUGCGACGAGACCGCCUCCGUCCCCAAGCCCCGGGACCUGUGUCGUGAUGAAUGUGAAAUCCUGGAGAAUGUCCUGUGUCAGACCGAGUACAUUUUUGCCAGAUCGAACCCCAUGAUUCUCAUGAGGCUGAAACUGCCCAACUGUGAAGAUCUUCCCCUGCCUGAAAGCCCCGAAGCUGCCAACUGCAUCCGCAUCGGAAUCCCCAUGGCGGAUCCCAUCAACAAAAAUCACAAGUGCUAUAACAACACAGGGGUGGACUACCGCGGGACGGUCAGCGUGACCAAGUCCGGGCGCCAGUGCCAGCCCUGGAACUCGCAGUACCCGCACACACACACCUUCACCGCCCUCCGCUUCCCGGAGCUCAAUGGAGGCCACUCCUACUGCCGCAACCCGGGCAACCAGAAGGAGGCACCCUGGUGCUUCACCCUGGACGAGAACUUCAAGGCCGACCUGUGUGACAUCCCCGCCUGCGAUUCAAAGGACUCCAAGGAGAAGAAUAAGAUGGAGAUCCUGUACAUCCUGGUACCCAGCGUGGCCAUCCCCCUGGCCAUUGCUUUGCUUUUCUUCUUCAUCUGUGUCUGCCGCAACAACCAGAAAUCAGCGUCCCCACCCGUCCAGAGGCAGCCCAAGCACGUCAGGGGCCAGAAUGUGGAGAUGUCCAUGCUGAAUGCCUACAAGCCCAAGAGCAAAGCCAAAGAGCUGCCCCUUUCCGCGGUGCGUUUCAUGGAAGAGUUGGGCGAGUGCGCCUUUGGGAAGAUCUACAAGGGCCAUCUCUAUCUCCCGGGCAUGGACCACGCGCAGCUGGUGGCGAUUAAGACCUUGAAGGACUGUAACAACCCGCAGCAGUGGAGCGAGUUUCAGCAGGAGGCGUCCCUGAUGGCCGAGCUGCACCACCCCAACAUCGUCUGCCUGCUGGGCGCCGUCACCCAGGAGCAGCCCGUGUGCAUGCUGUUCGAGUACAUGAACCAGGGCGACCUGCACGAGUUCCUCAUCAUGCGCUCCCCGCACUCCGACGUGGGCUGCAGCAGCGACGAGGACGGGACGGUGAAGUCCAGCCUGGACCACGGGGACUUCCUGCACAUCGCCGUGCAGAUCGCCGCGGGCAUGGAGUACCUGUCCAGUCACUUCUUCGUGCACAAGGACCUGGCGGCGCGCAACAUCCUGAUCGGAGAGCAGCUGCACGUCAAGAUCUCUGACCUGGGCAUCUCCCGGGAGAUCUACUCGGCCGACUACUACCGCGUGCAGACCAAGUCCCUGCUGCCCAUCCGCUGGAUGGCCCCCGAGGCCAUCCUCUACGGCAAAUUCUCCUCCGACUCCGACAUCUGGUCCUUCGGGGUGGUGCUCUGGGAGAUCUUCAGCUUCGGCCUGCAGCCCUACUACGGCUUCAGUAACCAGGAGGUGAUCGAGAUGGUGCGCAAGCGGCAGCUGCUGCCCUGCUCCGAGGACUGCCCGCCGCGCAUGUACGGCCUCAUGACCGAGUGCUGGCACGAGAUCCCGGCCCGCCGGCCCCGCUUCAAGGACAUCCACGUGCGCCUGCGCUCCUGGGAGGGGCUCUCGAGCCACACCAGCUCCACCACGCCGUCGGGGGGCAACGCCACCACGCAGACCACCUCCCUGAGCGCCAGCCCCGUGAGCAACCUCAGCAACCCGCGCUACCCCAACUACAUGUUCCCCGGCCAGCCCCUGGCCCCGCAGGGCCAGAUCGCGGGCUUCAUCGGCGCCCCGAUGGCCCAGAACCAGCGCUUCAUCCCCAUCAACGGGUACCCGAUCCCGCCCGGCUACGCCGCCUUCCCGGCCGCCCACUACCAGCCCGCGGGGCCUCCCCGGGUCAUCCCGCACUGCCCGCCCCCCAAGAGCCGCUCCCCCAGCAGCGCCAGCGGCUCCACCAGCACCGGCCACGUGACCAGCCUGCCCUCGUCCGGCUCCAACCAGGAGGCCAACAUCCCCUUGCUCCCGCACCUGUCGGCGAUGCCCAACCACCCCGGAGGUAUGGGCAUCGCCGUGUUCGGCAACAAGGCGCAGAAGCCCUACAAAAUGGACUCGAAGCAGCCCUCUUUGCUAGGAGACUCCAAUAUCCACGGACACACCGACUCGAUGAUUUCUGCAGAACUGUAA